CAGUGACGAUGGUACAUACAUAACCUCAGAAAAAGCAAAAUUAAAAACAACAUUUCACUGAACACUUUCAUACAUAAGAAAACAAAUUUCCUUUUCCUAGAUUAUCCAGUAAAAUGACUUUCCUAAAAUCCUGGGAAGAAUUUGAAAAGGCGGCGGAAAAGUUGUACCUUCAGGAUCCAUCGAAAGUGCGCUACACAAUGAAAUACGUCCAUUCGAAGAGCCAUUUAGUUUUGAAAAUGACUGAUAACUCUGUGUGCCUUCAAUUCGAAACGGAAAUAGCCCAAGACGUUAGGAAAAUAGACAAGUUUAUCAACAAUUUAGUAAGGCAUAUGGUAUCAAAAGAAUAGGUUUUAAAAAGGACAUUAUUAUUUUAUAAUAAUUUGUUUUUCUUAUUUUUAUUGACUGCCCUUUUUUUUUUAUAAAUAAAUAACAAUGUUAAGGACAUC